AUGAAUCUCCAACCUUGGCUUGGGUUGCCAUCGAAAGCCUCUAAGUCCACUCUAGAGCAUACUCCGACUCCCACGUCAACUAGUGCUGCCUGGCGUCGUAAAAGUGCGCUCUUUAGCUUGUACAGCCUUCGAAAUCCAUUAAUCCAUCCUCGAUGGCUCAAAAUGCAACGGGCUGUUCCAGUUGGACACCGUCUUCAUCACCUCUCUGGACUGCCAGUUGACGAAGUGCUCAUAAGUGUUUGCCACGUCAACCAGGCAUCCAAUGGAAAAAUCCGCGAUGACCGGAAGAAACUAGUCCUUCUAGAGAAAGUUGCCUUCCGGAAGGGUACAUUGAUUGGACCACUGCGUAUAUGA